GAAAUAAUAUCGUGCAACAAAAACGACGCCAUUUUUUUGGUUUUUGUUUAAACUUAUUAUUUUGUAAGAACACAAAUAAUAAACGUCACCGAUUUUUACUCCAUACGAAGAUUUUACUUCAAUGUUUUUCUGUGACCCGAAAAAGGGGGCGAGAGAGCAAAAGGAAGAGGUCGAAGGGUGACUCCGAGCGCUGCGAAGAACGCGACGGAAAAAUAGAAUGGCGCCGGACAGGCCGGACGCGACGGGGAUCGAGGCGGCUUGCGGUCUCACGGUAACGCGCGUGUUGAGUUUCGGCGAGACCGUUUUCACCGUUAAGGAGGGUGACAACGCGAGUACUUUCACGGACUCGGGUUCAGCCGACGAGCAAAUGAACGAGGAACAAGUGGUCGGCAUGGCGAACAGCUCGGCAAACGGCUCGACCAAUGACAGCAUCAAAUCGAGCCAGCCCGAUGACGAUCUUACUUCGCUGAGUUGGUUGCAUCAACAAAACUUACUCAAGGGCCUUGAGAUUUCCAGCCCCGCCAAAAGCGCCAAAAAUGAUAACCACAUCAACAACAAUAAUAACAAUAAUACGAGCAACAACAAUAACAACAGUAACACCAAUAACAAUAACGUAUGCGAGGACAGUGCCGAAUUUUCUGAAAACACAAACUCCAUUUCGAGCCUCGACGACAGUUAUUUUCCAGAUAGCAACGGCAAGAGCAGCAACGCUUCCAGCACGUCACGUGGUCAAACGCAAACGAGCCAUAUUUACCAGAGUCCCGGUAAGAGCUUCGAAAAGUCGGGUUCGCAGUUCGUUCAGGAAGCUGCGAAACAGGGACACGGCCAUUACUCAACAGCCCAAAGUAAUCAAGCGAAGAUAUCAUUGAACAACAAUAUUCUGCCGGUCUCGAAUCGCAACAAACAUCCAACCCACAUACCUUACGAUCCUCAUUUGCAUAGAAAUAGCAAACCGCCGUACUCGUUUUCCUGUCUUAUCUUCAUGGCGAUUGAGGACAGUCCCGUAAAAGCUCUCCCGGUCAAGGAGGUCUACGCCUGGAUCCUCGAUCACUUUCCGUACUUUCGGAACGCACCGACCGGAUGGAAAAAUUCAGUCAGGCACAAUCUCAGUCUCAACAAGUGUUUUCGCAAAGUUGAAAAAGCUCCCAACCUCGGAAAAGGUUCGCUGUGGAUGGUGGACGCUCAAUAUCGUCCGAAUCUCAUUCAAGCACUUUCACGUGCACCGUUUCCACCACCCUCUGCCCAAAAUCUCUCGUCCCCGGAAAAAACUCCGAGAAAAAGUACGAGCACGAGGUUACCGGAUCCGGUGCUUUUCCCCUAUCUCUCCAAGAGACUGGCAUCCAGCAAUAUUGGGGACAACUCCGAGCUUGAGUUCGACAGUGACGUAGAUGCCGCUGCGGUCGCGAUGCUUUCUUUCAAACACGGACCUAUUAUUUUGAAUCACAAUAAAGAUCGUAAAAAGAAAGUUGCGGAACCGGAAAAGUUGGUACCCGUUAUCACGAGGAGCUCGAGCGAGGAUCACACGUACAGUUGCAUCACGUCCGUCAAAUUGGACAGUAAAAGACCGAGCGCGGGAAUGGCGUUACCGGACGUGGACGAGCAGAGAAAAAUAGCGGAAGGUGCGGACGCGUUGUUGAAUUUGGCAGGAGUGAGUACAAAUUUGAGUCACAGCGGGGUGCACAACGAGGUAGAGAAUUCAACGACACCGGGUCCAACGAGCCCAACGAGUCCAACAAUAACGGCGAGCUCGUCGUCCCCAUUGACCUCGAAAUCAGCGCUUCCGGUAAAAACUAAGAGACGCUCGAGCUCAAGUGAUUUCUCGAGUUUGGGUGACAAGAGACGCCGGCGUUGGCGGGAGUGGGGUGAGGGUAACAGGUAUCUCAAGCAAGUUAGAGGUUAAAGUGCGUUUUUUUUUCCGUUCCGUCGAUAAGGAAAGAAAAACCACAGAAAAAAGGAAAAAAAAAUCAAGGACCGUGGUCGAGAAAAAGGGCGAAAGAAAGCAACGCAAAAACAAUCUAGCAUCCAAAGCAAUAUUUUCUACGAGGUUGCUGAAGCAAGGAGAAUACGAGAGGGAAGUAAGCGAAAAAGAUACAAUUUAUUCCCUGGAUUAGCGCCACUUUUGAGAACACGCCGAAGGGUGCUUGGAAAACAAAGAAUGAAAAUAUUAACGAAUCGAAUGCGAGAGAGAGAGAGAGAGAGCGAGAGAGAGUGAACAAAAAAAUCGCUAAACGCCAAAACUAUAAAAUAGCAGAAGAAAAAAACUCCAUUCGAAAGCACCGAACUAUACAAGCAAUAAUAGACAAGUAAUGAGCGUACUAUUGACGAGGCGAGAUGCAAAAAAAACAUAUACAACUCAAAACAGUUGUAUAGUUUUUUAGAUAGAAAGAAUGGCACGGUUUUACCUCUCAAUUUUCUAUUUGCGACGAGAUAUACAAAUGAGAUAAAUCAAUAACAACACAAUAUGAGAGGCAAAAGAUACAUGAAAAACAACAAAAAACAUUACGGUAAAAUGAUUUUUAGGAACUGUUGCGAGGAAUUAUACAUAUUAAUUCAUAGAGAGUUUAAUUAAUGAUAAUAGAGAGUUCUAUAUUAGUUUUUUUCUCCCCUGUAGAUAUGUAUAGAUUUACAUAAUUGUGUAUAUAUAUAUAAAUAACCACAUAAAUGAAUAUUUAUACUGAAUUUACAGACCGACAACACACACUCACACGAACACGAGUACGCAUACACAUAUAUUGAUACAAAUACACGUUGAGUGCAUAGUCAACAGUGCAAACUCAACAUUAGAAUUGAGUCGUCAGUCUCAAAAUUCCAUACACUUACUCAAUUCGACUUCUCCUUCCUCGUUAAUGACGUUAAUGACGGUUGCGAACUUGAAUCUUACUCGCACUGUUGACCACGGAACCUCGUACAUUCUGUGUACAUAUAUGAAUUUAUGUAUAAAUAUUUAUUUAUAUGUAUGUAUAUACAUAAAUAUGUAAUUGAAAUAACUAUUCGAAUAGUAAAAUUGAAUAAUAUAUUUGAGAAGGCGUAAGAGAGAGAGAGAGAGAGAGUGAAACGUGCGCGUUUGUAUAUAUGAAUAUGCCAUAUAUAUAUACAUAUAUACAACGAUAUAUGUAUGUACGAAAAAUGCACAGACGUAAUUUGUAAAAUUGCAAUUCAUGCAGCCAGCGGUUUCAUUUGCCGGAUGUCCGUAGUGUAAACCUACUAAUAUUGUGACACUACCGAAUUCGGUGCUUGUUUUUUCUUUCAAAUGAAUAAUUAUGAAAGUUUUAAUGAUAAAGAUUUUUUAACGGUUUUGCAAAAUUUUCGAUAAACGUUAUCCAAUUGAAUUCUAGAUUAUGAAAAAAAUUAUUGUAACAAGCUCGAAACGUUUGUAAAUUUAUUCGUUUUGAUAAAAUCAUUCGACGAUGCAAAUUAUUGGUAUAUCAAGUAGUUCAUUAAAUUAUUGAAGUGAGAGGGGCUUGGAAACGAAAAUAUUUGAGAGAAGAAAAAAAUAUAUAAAAAUUCAAGGAAUUUUGUACUUCCUUUUUCAAAUGGGGUGAGGGCCAAAGUCUUAUGUGAAAAUUUCCAAAUUUACAGUCCGGACACCCGGUAAAUAGUGAUAAACGUAUCGCGAAAGUAGAGUCCGAAAAUGGCGAGUUUCGCAAAACGUAAACGGAAUAAAAAGAGAGAGAGAAAGGGGGCGAGAAGAAUAAGAAAAAGUAAUAAUAAAUGAAUGAGGAGUGAGAGUGAGAGAGAAAGAUGUUACAAUUAGUGAGUACUAUAAUUUGUCGCCUUUUUCUACUCUAUUCGUGGUGGGCUUUUGAAAUGAUUUUCAAUACUGUUGUAUGUCAUUGAGAAUAGCGUAUGAAAGAAUAAGAAAAUCUGGUACGUAACGUGAGAACGGUUUCGGUUGCCUGAUACUCGCUUCUGGAAAAUCGUUUGGGGAAUUUCGAAUAUGAUAAACUGCGAAUACUCAUUGCUCGAAAAAUCUGUAUUUGGCUUUCUAGAUCCUCGGAAUUGCGCUCGCUUCGACCCUCGCCCGCAUUCACCUGUUUGCACCAGUAAUUUUCAAACGUUCGUUUCUCCAACUUGAAUCGUCGAAUUCAAAUGCACCACAAAUGAUUGUCAAGUAUCUAAAUUUCUUCAAUUAAUUUUUCAGAGCUCCUGCAAGCUCGUGCAAGCUUUUUCUUUUAAUACUUGGCGUCGAGGCCGUGGAAAGCCUCGUUCCACUGCACUGGAGUUUCAAAUGCCUACGGAGUAUUCGCAGUUCUCAAUGAAACGGAUGCCGGGCCGUCGCGUUUACAAGCCUCUGAAUCGAUCGACACACCUACGGAAGCCGAUACACAAUUUCUUGAGUACACUCGGUAAAAUCUGGUACUUUUGGUGUGCUAUAUGCGAAUUUAGAGAUCGAAAAUUCUAGCUUUCGAUACUCCGAGUGUCCGGUACUCGGGAGAUGCAAUCCUUGGUACUUAAAAUGACGACUAAAUUUUAAAAAACAAAAUCGUGAUGCUGUGAUCAAAAAAUAUUUAGAAUCCCGCUCGAAUUUCGGAAGCGAGUCAGUGACCGACGGUCACAAAUGUACAUCACAUCGUUAUUGUCUAUAUACAAAGAGAGAGAGAGAGAGAGAGAGAGAGAGAGAGAGAGAAGAAGAAGAAAGAGUGACGAUAUAUUUUUACAGGGCUCUGCCCGCGUGAUAAAAAGCUCUUCCUAACGAUUCGCUGAUAUCCACGUUCAUUAGCUUACGGAGAGAAUGUCGAUGGAUAGAAAUAACGGGGACAAAGGGGAAGGAUCAUGUGGGGAAAAAAGCACGGAAAUGCGGAAAUGAGAUAUUAAGAAUUGGAGCGAAUGGCGAUGGGACGGGAAGAAUUGAAAUGAUAGGGAACGGUGUCCCUCGCUGGCGGCGCAACCCGGACAAGGUCCGUUACACGCGAAUCACGACUCUAUGCAUUUUCGUUCCUUCGUUCUCUGUGUCCUACGCAAAUUUGUUGAUAAUUUUGAGAAAAUUCAAACUGGAAAGCCAACACGGAUUGUUCCUAGUGAAAAUUUUGGCGCAGAGAAGCCUUGUGCGAAUCGAAUUUCCAAAAUUGCAAAUGCCCGAGCGAAAAACGUCGAUCGCAGGUACAUUUUCGAAUCUGUGGCCAGUUGGAGCACCCCCGAGACAGUUGGAAACAAAGAAAUCGAGCUCGGGCCAGUUGCGUCUCAUCAGGAAUGAGGGAACGAGUGCUCGAGUCUUUUUUUCCACCUCUUCGAUCUCCAGCCAUUAACUUUCCCUCCUCCCUCCUAUGCUGCUUAUCCCACGCUUCCACGUUAACCAUUGGAUUCGAUAUUUUUUCAAUGAUCCUCUAGCGAGGAAAAUUCUCAGUGAAACCGAGUUCGGCGUUUACCAGCGAUUCGUUUCGCCGUUACGGAACAAGAGGAUCGUUGAAAGGGCGCGCUGCCAUAAAAACAAGUAACAAAAGAGUUAGAAAGUAGGAAGAGAGCAGCAAAUAAGAGAACGAGGAAGAUCAUGAGAGAGUGACAGAGCGAGAGAGAGAGAGAGAGGCGGAAAAUGUUUUCACAGCUAUAGCUUACGUUCGUUGCGACUGAACGUCUGUUCUUCCAUGUAGCUUAUUCUAAACUAAUUGACUAGGUGGACCGAAAAUUUCAAAAAAGGUCCGUAUAUUUAUCACCUUCAUCAUCACAAUCAUUCUCAUCAUAAAAAAAAAAAACAAUUAAAACGAUCGAACGCUAAGGAAAUAAACUGAAAUUUAAAAAAUUUUUAAAAAUAAAAUUAAAAUUGAAAUAAAAUUCCAGAAUUGAAGUACUAAAAACACACAAAAUCUCACUCAUACUGAAGAAGACGAACAUUUUUAGCACUUUAACGGAACGUUGAUUUGACUUUAGAGUUGUACAAUUAGCGAACAAAAAACUCGUACAAUUGUAAUUAAUGAAAUUCUCAAUCGGCGAGUGAGAAGAGCGAAUCUAUGGGGCGGGGGAGGGGAGCGCAAGAGGGAAAUAAAAGCAAUAAAAACUAGUAAGACCUGAUAUUGCAUCGAAUACUCUAGUCAGCUGGUCGUUUUUUUUACAAUCUCGUUAAAUCGUCAAAAUCAGAGAAGAAAGCAUUUGGACUGUGUUCAAUUGGAUGUUGAAAUGUGUUUUUCCAAAAAUCUUUGUUAACACGACGAGCGCCAUUCAUUUUUGUACACGCGUAUAUAGCUUACGGUGUUUCUUAUUGGGAGCGCUUUCAUUUUUUUUUAUUUAUUUUUCAGAGCCAAAGAGUUGGCAAGCUUUUUGCGAAUGUGCCUGAACCCAGCAGCCUGUAGUCGACUUGAACCGUGCUCCCAAAGUGGUGGAUUCUUUUAAUCCUGACGAAUCAACAUGGAAGUUCGAUUAUGUUGCAUUUUUGGGACCCAUGCUUUGAGGCAAAGAAACGUUUCCAAGCUUCAAUUUCAAUUGAAUGAAAAAAUUCAUGAUUUUGGGAUCGGCAGUUAAAAAACUCGAGGUACAGGUCGCAGUAACUUUGCACACCCGUUGAGCUCAGAAAGUGUGAGGAGGAGGGUCGGGUAGGGGGGGGGGGGGGCGAAAAAGUUAGAAGCACUCGGAAUAAGAAGUCCCUUAACGUAUAUACGUGCACACGAAAAAGUGGCCACUCUCAAGACUCCAAAUUUUUCGAGAGAUAAAUAAAAUAGAAUUCCACUACGACCCUGGAGUCGAUUUUCAAUCGACUUUCCCCGCUAACCACCGGCUGACGGACGUAGUAAUUUUUGUACCUCGUACAAAACAAAAGAAAAAAAGAGAGAAAAACGAAAGAAAAUGAUCUUAGAGAGUACGCGAGCUUUAACGAGGCACCGCGUACGGGGAGGUGAGUGGAGCGAAAAAUCGUCGAUGAUUGAGAAAGAGAAAAGAAUUAUUGCGAAACACACCCAGCCACGGACAAUCAAAACAAAAAAUGCCACAAUGAUGGUGUUUCAUUUGAUUCUGUUGCAUGACGUUGUGCCAAAUCGACAAAUAUUUUAUUUAGGUUUCGAUAAAUUUUAUCUUUAUUUAUAAUAAUUAUAGUACAUAUUUAUAUAUAUACGUGUAUAUUAUAUACAUAUAUUUAUGAAUUUACGUCUUCGUAUAUAUGUAUUAAUAUACGUAUAUAAAUUUUUAUGUAUAUUGUACAUUUUAAGAAUUUUGUUGGCGUAAUGUGUAAUAUUGAUUAUUAUUGAUUAUUGAUUAUUGAUUAAUAUUAAUUAUUAUGAAAUUUCAAUCGAAUGAAGAAAAACAAAAUCACACAAUGUAAAAUGUUUGUUAAGUUUUUGGCCUUGCUUAUACAACUUGAGUGUAAUAUCUUAGGCUGUAACUAUGGCAGAACUUUAUCUAAAAUGAUAUAAAAAAACAA